UGCGCAAGCGUAUACAAACACAAGUAAACACUUAAGUAUGAGUCGAUUAUGUUUGGUCAGUUGGUCACCGGUUUCAUUGCAAUCCAAACGAACAAAAUAAAAUAAUAAACCAUGAAUGAAGGAGGGGUUUUAGAAAUUUUAAAUUUAACCAAUCCCAUUUUUAAGGGAUACAUUUUCUAUUCCGCACUUUUAGUACUAAAAGUUCUUGCAAUGGCUGUGUUAACAGCUACACAACGUUUUAAGCGUAAGGCUUUCGCUAAUCCAGAAGACGCUGAACCAAGGAAACUCAAACCAAAAACAGAUGAAAAUGUAGAAAGAGUAAGGAGGGCUCAUUUGAAUGAUUUAGAAAACAUCCCAAUCUUCUUCGUAGCUGGAUUUGGUUACAUGUUAACCAACCCAGCAGUUGGAACCGCUUUGAUGCUCUUCAGAGUGUUUACCAUUGCUAGAUUCGUCCAUACAUUGGUUUAUGCAGUUGUUGUGGUUCCACAACCCUCAAGAGCAUUAGCUUGGGCUACCGGUUAUUUUAUCACUGGUUUUAUGGCUGUGAAGACCCUUAUGCACUUCUUAUAAAAAGUAAUUUUUGAAAUUUUACAGUGGAGUUUGUACAAGGUUUUUUUAUUUUAUUAAUAAGUUUCUGCUAUUUUUUUUUGUAAUUAAUAAAGAUAGUUUGAAUAU